CUCUCUAUGGAGUUUCAUAGGAAGGGAAGCUAGCACGUUGCAUUUGACGUGGAGUGUGACCCCACUCGGCUUCCUGCUGGCGAGUUCUCUUUAAUAUCUCUUUAGGUACCUUCUUACAAGCUUCAAAGCGAGGUUUCUUUGCCCGAACGCCGCCCAGAAACGAAUACAGAGCACUGGAGAAAUUAGUCUCUUCACUGGUUUGUUACUAUUAUGGCUGGUAGCACCACGAAGACAGUGUACGAUAUUUUUCAAAGCAUGGAGUACGGACCAGCAGCAACCUCUAGCUCUGCCACUGCACAGGCCUGGCUGGAUCAUCAUUCUCGUUCUCUGGGUCUGUUCAUCGAUGGAAAGUUUGUCUGUCCAGCAGACAGACAGACUCGCUCGCUGGUUAAUGCUAAAGGUGGUACUGUGUGCAGCACUGUGUGUGCUGUUGAUGACGAUGUUUCCCAGUGUGUCUCCUCAGCUGUUACUGGCUACAAGGCCUGGAGUGGGAUGACCUGCUACAACAGGGCUAAAGUGCUGCUCAGGUUGGUGGGCAUUCUCGGGCAGCACAGUAAGUGUGUGUCGGAGCUGUGCGAGCUGUGUGAGGCCUCCUGCUCGCCCUCCACCCUGGUCAGACUGCUGCAGUACUACAACAGCUGGGCUCAGCUCAGAGACACUCUCAUCGCCAACUGGACACCACUGGGUGUGGUGGCAGUAGUCGUCUCUGAUGACUGCUCCCUCUAUUCCCUUAUGUUCAAAGUCCUGCCAGCACUGGCCAUAGGCAACUCUGUCAUCGUUGUCCCUGGCCUGAGCACUGCCCCUCCAUUGCUCCUGUUGGCUCAGCUUUUUAUGAGUGCAGGACUUCCUGCUGGGGCUCUUAAUGUUCUAACAGGAAGUGACGUGUCGCUGGGUGCCAAAGUGGCCCAGAACCCGGGCAUCAGCCACGUCACCUACAGCGGCAACAAGCAGGAUGGAGCAAUGCUGUGUAAGGCCACAGCAGGGAUGGGCGUUCCCGUUUCUGUCUCCCCCUGCGUCGGUGCCACUUGUCCCUUCAUCAUUUUUGAAUCAGCUGACAUUGACAGCGCUGUGGACGGUGUGAUAGAGACAGCCUUCAAAAAGAAGAAAGAGGUCCACUGGGUGUUGUGCGUGCAGGAGAGCGUGUUGGACAGUGUUGUGGCCCGUCUCAGGCUGCGUAUGGCGGGGAUGAAAUGUGUUGGCCUGUCCAGUGACGCAGACAGGGCCCUGGUGGACGCUGCAGUACAGGAAGCUCAGCAGCAGGGGGCCACGCUGGUUCAGUCCUGCGCUGCCCCUCCUUCAGGUGCCCUGUACCCUCCCACGGUGCUCUGUGGGGCCGCCCCCUCCUCUCCAUUUGUGGUCAGCCCUUCUCCUGGACCGCUGCUGCCUCUCAUGACCUUCAGAAGCAACACAGAAGCAGUGACACUGGGGAACCACAGUCCUCAUGGCUUGGCAGCCUCCAUCUGGACUGAAGACCUCACUCUGGCUCUGGAGACAGCAAAGAGUCUGUCAGUGGGAUCGGUGUGGGUGAAUUCCCACUCUGUGUCUGACCCUUGUCUGCCUGUCUCUGGUCACAAAGACAGCGGCACCUGCACUGACGGAGGACAGGAGGGUCUGUACCAGUUUCUUCGUCCAUCCCGUUCUUCUCCUCCUCUUCCUCGUUCCUCCCCAGUGUCUUUGGACUACACAAAGUUUGGAACAGCAGCAUCUCCUACAAUCAUUCCUGAUGAUUCAGAUCCUGCCAGUGCUCCCAAGUCCUACCUGCAGUUUGUCGGAGGUAAGGUGUGUAAAUCUGAGUCUGGCUGCAGUGUGGCUGUGCAGCCAGCAGGAGGUGGCAGCGUGUUAGCCUACUGUCCAGAUGGAGGCCGGAAAGACAUCCGUAACGCUGUGGAGGCAGCUAUCAAAGUCCAGCCUGGUUGGAUGAGAAAAAGUCCAUCUGCACGCGCUCAGUCUCUCUACUCUCUGGCCAAGGGCCUGGAGGCAAAGAGGCGGGACAUAGCUAUGUCAAUCAACGUCCAGACAGGCGUGUCAAUGGACAAGGCUGAGAAUGAGGUGGACCUCAGCAUUUCAAGGCUCAGUGAUUGGGCAGCUUACUGUGACAAAGUCCAGGGGGGAGCUCUGCCCAUGCCACAGUCUGGCUCUGCUCUCUCCCUCCCUGAAGCCCUGGGAGUCCUGGGGCUCAUGCUCCCAGACAACAAUCCCCUCCUCUCCAUGGUAACACUUCUUGGUGCAGCCAUCGCCACCGGCAACGCCGUCAUCAUGGUCCCCAGUCAGAAAUAUCCACUGCCAGUCUUGGCAUUCAUUCAGGUGCUCCAGUCAUCAGACCUGCCUGCAGGUUUGGUGAAUGUCAUCUCAGGAAGCAGGGACCAACUGACAGUGGCUCUGGCUAAUCACAGUGUUAUCAAGGCCAUCUGGUACUGGGGCAGCGCUGAGGGCUGUCAGUACCUCCAGUACACCUGCACCAGCCCUCUGAAGACCCUGCGCCUUUUCUGCCAAAAGGAUGAGGAGGAGACAGAUGGUGGGAAGGACUGGACUCAGCCUGAUCCCGCUCUUCUGGAAGAAAUGUGGAGAAACGCCGUCCAGUGGAAGAGUGUGUGGAUUCCCACUGCAUAAGAGGACAGAGGGAAGGAGAAGUGACAAGAUAAAAGAAGAGUUACAGAUGUCCACUGUUUUAACACCAGUCUGUUGAGAACAACUGUGACCUGUAAUAUGUAAACUGUAAAGGAAGGUUCAAAUACUAACUGACCAUGAAAACCAUAACAUGCCUAUGAAAUUAGAAGUGAACAGACAACAAAUGCUCCCAGUACCUGACUGUUUGCUGAGCCCUGCCCCCUUUAGUUACUGUCACUACACUUAUCAGGCUUUCUGUGGCAGAUCUGCUAUAGAAAUAUGGAGAUUCUUAGUCAUUUUUGAAACAAUAGAUCCUUGAUUUCAGAUUUCAGGUUAUGAGUGAGUGAAUUUGAAGGAGAUUAAAUAUAUGAACAGAUUUAAUUUGGGGGUUAUGGCAGGAGUACGCCACAGAGGCUCAGUCUGGGUUGAACCGCAGAAAUAAGAAAUAAUAAUAACAAAGCACUUACAACAGACAGGAGGUUUGAAAGGACUACUAAAAAUGUAAACAUAUUUUGAUGAAGGUCACGUUAGUAGCAUUGCUGAAGAUUAUAUUUUUUAUGUUGCAAGUUUGUCACUGUUACUACAAAGGUAAACAUGUACAAGGGGUGUGCUCAUUACACAUUCCUUCACUGUGGUAAGGACAGCCUGUUUAUUCUUUUCACCUCGUCAAACUAGCAAGGCUGUAUAAACACAGAACAACCAACAAAUGUUCUGUUUAAAGAAGCAGCAGCAGAAAUGUGUGUCUGCAUUAGCUCCACUGUUUGCAAUGCAAGUUACAAUAAAUAGUUAAAUGUAAUGGUAUUGCAAUUUUUUGUGUUUCUGCAAGUACAAAUGACAGUGAAGGAUAACAAUGGCUACAGAUUUAAUACUAGCGAGUCAGACCAAUUCAAUGUUGGUUUGUCUUACCUGAUGACCUGAUGUCUUUCUACCUCUAUCUUUUGAUCUCUGUCUUUUCUCUCAGUCAUUACGUUUCUGCUUGGUUUAUUACAAGAAGCCAAAGCUCAGCAUGUGUUUUCCCUUUACACAGUCUGCAACUUGAAACCUCAUCUGCCUUACAGUUCUGUCGGUGACUGAGCAAAUGUGAACUCAAUCCAAAAUUUGCUAAUGUAAUGUUCUAAAUAUCUUUAUUACUGUACAAUAAUGCUACUUUUAGCCAUGGAAGUACACUUGUUAUUCUGUGGUGCAAACAUUCCCUUUGAAAUCCAGUUUGUUACCAUGUCCAAGUCCACAAUAUUAAAAAAAAAAAAGUUUUUCAAACCUGUACGAAUGAUACAGUAGGUCUCACUGUCUAAAA